GUAGACGGGCCUCAUGUUGAACAUUACAGUACCGAUCGCGGAGUACUUUCGCCAAGUGGCGUGUAGUGGGGGAGGUAGGACUUGAACCCUGAGACCCCAUGGGCCAUAUAUACUACGGUUCCAUGCAGCUCUCUUGCUACUUGGUGUCAGCUUCUCGACGAUCCUUGUUGUUUCACAGGGGAGACACAUCGAGAGGAAGGACCGAUCGAUCUGGUAAAAGAUGAAUCUACUCGUCGUUCUCGCCUUGAUAAAGCUGGCCUCAGGGGAUCCAGGGGGACUUCUCAGAGUUCCCAAAGUGUACAACGCCGUGAUCACGAGCAAUCAAAAUUUAUCCCCAUCCAGAGCGUACCCGGUAAUUCAACCGGUGAUUCAUCGAACGGCGAUCGGUUACGUGCCUCCCGUUUAUUACACCCAAGUGGCGCCUCAUCAAGCCGGGCAGGAGCAUCUUUCUCAAGGGAAACAAUCGAGCAACCAGGCAAACGACGUUCAAACCGCGUCCUCGUCCAUCCUCCUCGAACGGUCCAAAUCGGCCGACAAAACGGAAUCGGCGAAUCCGAAUGACGAGGAAGAAGGGGGCAAAGAUGUGUCGAAGGGCAAGAGCGGGGACCAGGAGCCUCUCAGCUUUUAUCCCAAUUACCAGUCGUUGUAUUACGACCCUUAUUUCUACACGUACAACGGAUUCAAUCCUCACCUGGUUCCCGGCACGUACUACGUGGACUAUCAACCCUACGGCACCCUCGAGCCUAUCCCGGCAACCACACCGAGAAACGGCCUGGCCGAGCAUCUGCUCCCAGCCUAUCACGAGGAGAAGAAACUGGCGGCAAAGGAAGAGAAGGAGAAAAUACCGGAUGUACCGCCGCCACCCCUUCCAACGGCUGUGCCGAAAAGUUCUUGAAGCGGAACCGGUCCGACAAGGUUCGUUUUCGUGUCACGUUCGAAGCCCAUGAUCAGACUGAUUAUCAUAGAUAGAGCUCUCGAUACACCGGGAUACACGAGAUCGGCCAAGUGAAGUUAACGAGAGACAAUUUAAUUCGGUUCGUUCAACCAUCGUUGUAUAUAAAUUACGGUCGAAAAAAGAAGGAUGAUUUUGGAGGGAUGGUGCACAGUUACUUUGUUCUUAUUUUCACGAUUAUUUAUGAACAGAUAAUAUUUUAUAAAGUAACUUAUGCUCUCUAACAUGUAACGUUUAAUUCAUACAUUUUUAUAUUCGCUAUAUAUGGCAGAUUUCUUUUAUCGGUUUUUUCUUUCACUCGUGUAACACACACAUCUUUAGAAAUAAAAUAUUAUAUUUAUGUUUUAUUUUUAUUAAAAAAAUAUAUAUAUUUUUUAUAUGAUGGAGAGAAGAGAAAAAGAAAGAGAGAGAAAGAGAGAGAGAGAGAGUGGCAAAUUAUUUGCCUGUUAUAGAAAGGCAAUUGUAUAUUUUAAAAAGUUACAGGAAAACGUUAUAGGAAACGUAUAGAUUUAUGUUUCGACAUGAUCGCAGCGAUCGUUUAUCUUCCUCACGGCCCAGAUCUUAAUUACGUAUAAAAAUUCCAUAUUCUUCAACCCCUUAGCGAUAAACAUUAAGGAGCUUAUACUGCCAUCGUUGUUACGAUUCACGUCGAUAUUCAACGUGGCAUUUUUGUUCUUCACUGGUACGAUUCUGAUGCAAGUGACGCACAGUGAACCCUCCAACGUCGUUGUUAAAUCCAUAUUACUCUGUAUCGAAUUUUUCGUAUCGAUGAUCAAAUUGUGCUGAUAUAU